CAGGAUUCAGGGGAGAUGGGGAGGACUUCUGCCAUUAGCGUGUACUAGUAGCUGUGUUAGCUCUGUCAUUAAGUUAACCUAGUUGACUAGGCUUAUUCUAACCUGCAGCACGAAUACAAACAGUAAAGAGCUGACAUUUUCUCAACGAUACAGAGGUAUAAGGCAGCAAGUGGACUAACAUUUCGCUCGGGAGAAUAUCGACCGAGAUGUGUAACGACCUGGACUUGAUAUCAGGAAUCUACCUGGCUGCUAGUCUGUUGACUGACAGCUGGCACCUGGCUGCUUAGCUAGCUGGCUAGGUGAGCUGACGGGGUUUUUCGGGCUCAUAGUGUAGCUAGUACUGAUUUUGGUAUAGAGUGGAAAGCGGCUUCUCUGCAUUAUUUGACUCCGCCUGCUGUUCAAACCAUGAGUUAGCUGAACAGCAUCAGGCAGCAGUGUUCGGGAUAUUUUAAGGUCCAGCUAGUUUCUCUAGCUUUUAGCUUGAAGCCAGCUAGCAGUAUUCAUUCAGCUGUUGAAGCGUUAACGCCAGCACCUCAGCGACUGACUCUAUCCAACUACUGUCGUUGUCGCGACAUUUAUACAUUUUUGGACUCGGUCCUGCUUUUGGCAGUGUCAAGUGAAAAUGAAGAAAUUUUUUGAUUCCCGUCGGGAGUUUGGGGGCUCCGGGCCUGGUCCUGGAGCCGGUGGAGGAGGCGCUGGUUCCGGCGGCGGUGGCAGCUUCAUCGGACGAGUCUUCAGCAUUGGAAGAUAUCAAGUAACCGUGGAGGAAACAAUCGCUGAAGGAGGUUUUGCCAUAGUCUUUUUGGUGAGGACUCAUCAAGGUGCACGAUGUGCACUAAAAAGAAUGUAUGUCAACAACGAACACGAUUUGAAGAUCUGCAAACUUGAAAUACAAAUUAUGAGGGACCUGGUGGGUAACAAAAACAUAGUCGGCUUCCUGGACUCCAGCAUAACUGCAGUCGGAGCUGGUGAUGUGUGGGAAGUCCUGAUCUUAAUGGACUUCUGUCGAGGUGGCCAGGUGGUGAACCUAAUGAACCAGCGGCUACAGACGGGCUUCACUGAAGCUGAGGUGUUACAGAUCUUUUGUGACACGUGCGAGGCGGUCGCUCGUCUACAUCAGUGCAAGACUCCAAUCAUCCAUCGAGAUCUCAAGGUGGAAAAUAUUCUUCUUCACGACCGGGGACACUAUGUGCUCUGUGACUUUGGAAGUGCCACCAACCGCUUCCAAAAUCCUCAGACAGAAGGGGUGGCAGUUUUAGAGGAUGAAAUCAAAAAGUACACUACACUGUCAUACCGUGCUCCAGAGAUGGUAAACCUCUAUGGGGGAAAUGUCAUCACAACAAAAGCAGACAUUUGGGCCUUGGGUUGUCUUCUCUAUAAGCUGUGCUACUUCACCCUUCCAUUCGGCGAGAGCCAAGUGGCUAUCUGUGAUGGCAGUUUCACCAUCCCAGACAACUCCCGCUACUCACAUGAAAUGCACUGUCUUAUUAGAUACAUGCUGGAACCUGAUCCUGAAAAGAGGCCAGACAUUUACCAAGUAUCCUACUUUGCCUUUAAACUGGCUCGACGAGAGUGUCCCGUCCCAAAUCUACAUAAUUCACCUGUUCCUGCAAAACUUCCUGAGCCUAUCAAAGCGAGUGAAGCAGUGGCCAAAAAGAGUCAAAACAAAGCCAGGCUCACAGACCCAGUUCCUACAACGGAAACCUCAAUUGCACCUCGACAGCGGCCCAAAGCUGGACAGGCUCAGCCCCAGCCCAUAUCAGGCAUUCUUCCCAUCCAGCCAGCACUCACCCCACGCAAGAGGCCUGGUGUGGCUACUGGGGCACCCCAGGCUAUAGGUGUCGGUAUCAGUGUCCCUCCUCCAGCUUCAGCUGCUGUCCAACCUGCUCAACAGGCUCCGUCUGCUAACAUGCAGCCGCAGGCUACAUCUCAGCAUCAGCAGCUGCUUAUGAAGCAGCAGCAGCAGCAGCAAGCCUCUGCCUUCUUAAGUCCACAGAGCACUCAGCAGACGACUGGCAGAGGGAUCCACAAAGUUGGCUCCCUGACACCUCCCUCCUCGCCAAAGACGGCCACCAAGAGUGGCCACAGACGUAUCCUUAGUGAUGUCACCCACAGUGCCGUGUUUGGGGUCCCCGUUAGCAAGUCGACCCAGCUACUUCAGGCAGCCGCAGCUGAAGCCAGCCUCAACAAGUCCAAAUCAGCAAGCACUACUCCUUCUGGGUCCCCCUGCUCGUCCCAACAGAGCGUAUACCAUCCAGGUGACGUGGACGCCUCCUCAGCACUCACUGUCCCCCACACUCAGCCCGCCUGGAAUCCUUUUGGCGACGAUAACUUCUCUAAGCUAACAGCAGAGGAGCUUCUUAACAAAGACUUUGCAAAGCUAGCCGAGACUGCUGCAGCUGGAGAGAAAGCUGCGGGAUCCAAUGAAAAUCUCAUUCCCAGCCUCAAUGCCUUUCCAGAGAAGCUGAUUGAGGGACAGAAGUCCCCUGAUACUUCUCUUCUGCUCCCUGACCUCUUAACCCUGACUGACUCCUUCAAUACUGCUGCAGAGAGCACCACAAAUGCAAAGGCAGAGGUGUGUGUGGACUCGCUGAUUCCUGGUUUGGAGGCUCCCCAGCCCCAGAGACAUUUGGGCCAGCCAGAGCUCAUUCCUGCCAGUGUGCCAGAUUCUCUCACUGGGGAGGAUUCUCUGCUGGGUUGUGAUCUGUUAUCUCAUACCUGUCAUGGAAACCCAUCUGUUUCUGUUCUCCCUUCUUCUUGCUCCUCUGCUCCUCCUGGCGCUGGAUCCUGCCUGGAGGAGCUGCCAGCUGGUCAGACUGCUUCUGAUCUCCAAGGGGAGAGUAAUGGCUACUCUGUGCUUGAGGAGGGACAAGAGACUGAAGCUGUAGGAGCAGAUUCUCCACAGAAUGAGGGCUGUGUGCACUCCAGCGAUGAAGACGAAGAAAAAGAAGCACACAAGGACGAGCAAGAGGACAGUGAAGGCACUGAGAUUCACAUAGCCCCCCAUGACUGCAGCGGUUCUAGACCUCUGCUGCAGGACUCUGAGGAUGAAGAAGACCAAGGGCCUCAGUUAGCUCUCCAUCCAUCUCUGCACUCCAGCACAGCAGCACAAUCAGCUACAACCUUCGAUCAACCUGCUCCAAAUACCUUUGCCCAGAAUCACUUCCAGCAUGUACACGAGGCAGCAAAGGAGAUGGAGGGCGCUGCAGAUAUCUUCUCCAAAGCCCCCUUUCUGAUUGCGCAAGAAGACACAAGUGACGUAUUCGCUAACGCGCCAUUUCCACGCGGUCCCCUCGCGGCUCAGCAGCAGCAGCAGCUCGACGUUUUCUCUCAGGCUCCAUUCGGAAAAAGAAAGGAGCCCAAAGGAGCACAGCCGAAGACCUCGUACCCCCACGCAGCUGGAGCUCACGCUGUAACCUCUGAUGAAGGAGUCUUAGAGCAGGUUGCCCAGCAACCUUUCCGUCCUCAAGCUCUGGCCAAAUACUCCCGACACUUUGAAGGACCUGUGCCCCAGCAGCCAGCAGCAGCUCACAGAGCGGCGUCUAACGCGAGCAAGCAGGCUGCUGUAGCAUCUGUCCCCGCUGGACCUCUGCACUCGUGGACCUCAGACGUGAGCGCUGUAGACCCAUUUGUCUCUGCACCCUUUCAUCUCAAGGCACCGCAAGAAAAGCCCUGAACGCACACUCACAGGUCAGGGCAGUGGGAAUCGGCGCCCACCGAAAUAUGCAAAGUAUAACAGGCGUACCGCAUGCUGUCACCAGCGCUGCAGCGGGACUGCAGACCUGCAUGGAUCUCAUUCUUAACCAACUCAAAUAGUGCAAGGUCAUCUUUACUCUGAGUAAACUGACAUCAGUCCCACAUUCACACUGAUUUUUUUUCCUCUGCCUUUCACGUUUUCCUUCUUGUUCACAUUUACACAAUGACUACAUUAUGGUCAAGCAUUUGAUUGUUUUCUCGCCUACCUCAGUUUUUUUUUUUUUUUUUUGGUGUGCGUCUGUGUGUCGGCGCUGAAAUAUCACACACAGUGAGGGAGGUCAUAGACUGUCUGCAGCCGUGGCGGUUAAAUUUCCUGGACAGUUUGAGCUUCAUUGCGAAACUACGAUCUGAAAAUGCCUCAUUCCUUUAUUUUAGUAGUCAGCUUGAAUGACGUGACCGUAACUUCAUAGAAGCUUGAAAGACGGGAAGACGCAGCCUAGGAAUAUUUCAUUAAACUAGAAAUGUGCAAAUGCCUUACAGUUAAACAUUUACAGUUACUUUUUGUCUUUUAUGCUUCGAAGUUCAUAAAGGAGAUGCUGGAUGUUGAUGCAAAGUGAAAUUUAACGUGUGCGUUACGUUUGCGGUCACAAUCAUGUCAUACAAAAACAGUUUGUUCCACAUCAUGUACGAACUAUAAGUAAAUGUUAGUCAUAUAACAUUUAUUAUGGUAAUUCUUAUGUUGUAUAAAUGAAGACUAUUCCCGUUGUUUGUCCUCACUGUACAAUAUGACAUCUCCAAAGCCUUAACACCCUUGCUGCACCUCAGAACCACAUCAGAACAUCAGCAGCAUUCAUCACGUUUGCCUUCGUGCCCUCCUUAAAUGAAAAUAAAGACACUGCUGCAUUCACAUAAUCUUACUGUACUCGUGUUCAGCACCAAAUACCUGUGUACAAUCAUGUACAACUUCCUCUUGCUGUCUGCUGUACACGCACGCACAAGAUUGUCAUCGAGCACAGGAAUGCGCCUUUGUUGUCGACUUCUGUAUCCUAACUGUGACACAUUUAUGAACAACUGAAGUGAAAACUUUUGACUGCAACUUCAAAAAAAAUAAAUAAAUAUUACAACUAUCUACGGCACUUAUGCUUCGCAGUUCCAGUCAGGGUAAAUGUAGUGUUGUCCAAGUAAAGUCUUAUAUGGUGUCUGAUUGAUGACAUUCCUGUUGGAUUUGUUUCCGUUGCCAUUCAGACGUAUUUAAUUGUCUUUGUUCUUUAUAGAAUCAUGGAAGACCUAUUUGGUUCCCAAAAGGGAUCCAGCCUUUCUCAACCCAAAGCUUAUGUUUUUCUCCUUUGCAAUGUAAAAUCUUUUAUUUCGAAGUGUUCGGUAUUUUGAUAUGAAUGUUCACUUUUCUCACCCCAGUUGUAAACAAGACGAUUGCACAUAAUCACUGACAGAGAGUCAGGGUUCUUGAAGAAUGUGUUUUGUUUGUAACACAGCUGUAAGUUUGUUUUUGUUUAUUUUGUUUGUUGGGGGAGGGGGGGGGGUGUUGACCGCUGUUGUGUAAGAAACAUUUGGAGUAACAGUUGAUAACACUGUUGGACAGGAAAGCACUCAAAAUACUUCUUAUGCUGCACAGCCUGCCUUUGAAAACUGUCAUGAGAUACUAUU